AUGCUAAAAAUCUUAAUUCCAACACUUAUACUUAUCCCAACAGCCUGGCUGGUCAAACCAAACUGACUCUGACCAACUACCUUAACUCAUAGUUUCUGCAUCUCCCUAGCUAGUCUCUCAUGACUUAAGAACCUUUCAGAAACUGGCUGAUCUUCACUAAACCUCUGUAUAGCAACAGAUGCCCUAUCAACACCCCUUCUUGUCCUCACAUGCUGAUUACUCCCCCUGAUAAUUUUGGCAAGUCAAAACCACACGGCCUCAGAACCCAUCAACCGCCAGCGCAUGUAUAUUACCCUCCUUACCUCACUUCAAUUCUUCUUAAUCCUCGCAUUCGGCGCAACCGAAAUUAUCAUGUUUUACGUGAUGUUCGAAGCCACUCUUAUCCCCACGCUCAUUAUUAUCACACGCUGAGGUAACCAAACAGAACGUCUUAACGCAGGUACCUACUUCCUAUUCUACACCCUGGCAGGGUCACUCCCCCUGCUCGUCGCCCUACUAUUGCUUCAAAAUUCCGCCGGGACCCUCUCACUCCUCACCCUCCAUUACACCGACCCAACUCAUAUAACAUCCUAUGGAGACAAACUUUGAUGAGCGGGCUGCCUCCUGGCCUUCCUAGUUAAAAUACCUCUCUAUGGUGUCCAUUUAUGACUUCCCAAGGCACACGUCGAAGCCCCCAUUGCAGGCUCAAUAAUUCUUGCAGCUGUCCUUCUUAAGCUUGGCGGUUACGGCAUAAUCCGAAUGAUAACAAUGCUAGAGCCACUAACUAAGGAACUAAGCUACCCCUUCAUCAUCUUCGCACUCUGAGGUGUAGUAAUAACUGGCUCGAUUUGUCUACGACAAACUGACCUUAAAUCCCUAAUUGCCUACUCAUCCGUCAGCCACAUAGGCCUGGUAGCUGGGGGGGUUCUAAUCCAAUCACCCUGAGGCCUCACAGGGUCCCUAAUCCUGAUAAUCGCCCACGGUCUAACCUCCUCAGCUCUCUUUUGUUUGGCUAACACAAACUACGAGCGAACACACAGCCGGACCAUGGUACUGGCACGAGGACUUCAAAUGGCCCUCCCCCUUAUGGCAACCUGGUGAUUUAUUGCCAGCUUAGCCAACCUAGCACUUCCACCUCUUCCUAACCUUAUGGGUGAACUUAUAAUUAUUAUCUCCCUAUUUAACUGAUCCUGAUGAACCCUGGCACUCACAGGAACCGGCACCCUGAUCACAGCUGGCUAUUCACUCUAUAUAUUCCUUAUAACCCAACGAGGCCCGCUCCCAACACACAUUCUUGCACUCGAACCAUCUCACACCCGAGAACACCUGCUCAUUGCCUUGCACCUACUCCCUCUCAUUCUCCUAGUGCUUAAACCCGAGCUAAUUUGAGGCUGAACAGCCU